AUGGAAAAAGAUAUGGAUGCAUUGGCAGGAAAUAUGAGUGGGCUGAGCUUUACCACAGAGGGAGACCAAAAGAGCCCCAAAAGACUAGUGUUUAAUCAAGUAUCAAAUAAGAAUAUGUUGCAACAACGUGGCUCUCCAAUUCCUGCUACUUCUACAUUAAGAUCUGAAGAAAAUAAUAGCCAUAUGGAUAUCGAUGAGACGUCAUCUUCUAUCCAAGAUGCAGUUGACAUUGCAAACUCCCCAAAGAAAUUGCCUUUGGAUUUCCAUAAUAAAGCCUCUCAAAAUAAAACACAAAGAUUAGUAAGUGUUUGCCAGAUGUACUUCCUUGAUUAUUAUUGUGAUGUAUUCGAUUAUGUGAUCAGUAGAAGACAACGUACAAAGAGAGUUUUAGAGUAUUUAAGCCAACAAAAGUCAGCAGAAAGUAUGUCUAAUGAAAAAGUGAAUCAAGAAUGGAAUUCAUAUUUAGGUAAAGAACAUGAGAUCUUAAGAAAGAGAAGAUUAAACCUAAAAAUAAAGAACUUUGAAAUGAUAACACAAGUAGGCCAAGGUGGUUACGGCCAAGUUUAUUUAGCAAGAAAAAAAGACACAAAGGAAGUUUGUGCUCUGAAGAUUUUAAAUAAAAAAUUAUUAGUGAAAUUGAAUGAAACUAACCAUGUUCUAACCGAGAGAGACAUCUUGACAACUACUCGAUCUGAAUGGCUAGUAAAAUUGUUAUACGCGUUCCAAGAUACAAGCAGCUUAUAUUUAGCUAUGGAGUUUGUACCAGGUGGAGAUUUCCGUACUCUUUUAAUUAAUACAAGAUAUUUGAAGAGCGGCCAUGCCAGAUUUUAUAUCAGUGAAAUGUUCUGUGCCGUAAAUGCCUUGCAUGAUUUAGGGUAUACCCAUAGAGAUUUAAAACCAGAAAAUUUCUUGAUCGACGCCGAAGGCCAUAUUAAACUAACUGAUUUUGGUUUAGCUGCAGGUACAAUUUCUACUGAAAGAAUUGCUAGUAUGAAAUUAAGACUAGAAGAAGUGAAGAAUUUAGAAUUUCCAGAUUUCACAGAAAAAUCAAUUGAAGAUAGAAGAAAAAUGUAUCAUAAUAUGAGAAAAAAUGAUAUCAAUUAUGCCAAUUCCAUGGUAGGCUCUCCAGAUUACAUGGCUUUAGAAGUAUUGGAGGGCAAAAAAUAUGAUUUCACCGUAGAUUAUUGGUCUUUGGGUUGCAUGCUUUUCGAAAGUUUGGUGGGCUAUACUCCAUUUAGUGGUUCAACAACAAAUCAAACCUAUGAAAACCUAAGGCAUUGGAAAGAAACUUUGAGGAGACCUCGUCUAGAUGAUGGUAGACCUGCCUUUUCAGACAGAACUUGGGAUUUGAUCACCAAAUUGAUAGCUGAUCCAAUAAGUAGAUUAAGAUCAUUUGAACACGUUAAAAAGAUGCCAUAUUUUUCAGAAAUAGAUUUCUCAAACUUGAAAAAAUUAAAUCCACCUUUCACUCCACAAUUAGAUAAUGAAACUGAUGCUGGGUAUUUCGAUGAUUUUACAAACGAAUCAGAUAUGGCCAAAUAUGCCGAUGUCUUUAAAAGGCAAAAUAAGUUAUCUGCUAUGGUGGAUGAUUCAGAAGUCGAUUCAAAAUUAGUUGGAUUCACAUUUAGACAUAGAAAAGGAAAACAAGGAUCAAGUGGUAUCUUAUUUAAUGGUUCUGAUAAUUCUGAUCCAUUUGCAACAUUCUAUUAG